GCAGUGGUUCCAGCAUGUCCAUAUGUUCUUCUGCAGUGGAUUGAAAUUUGCACAAAACGUCCUUUCAGAUUUGUCAACAAAUAUCGUUGAAGUUACGAGUUUUUUGUCUUGGUGACACGGUUCAAACCGGAGAGUCCUUCCUAUGAAAGAAUUUCACUAAAUGCUUUGACGAAGACGCCGUUUGGCAGUUGCACCGCACUUGUUUCCGAACUCCUUCGUGUCUUUGUGCGGUAUCGUUCAGCUUGCUGGUUAGCAUGCAGUGAAGCGCUGCGCUGACCAAGCCGUUAGCUACGGGCCUCCGAGGAGAGGAGUUCACAGGCGGCGUAAAGGAAGGAUGUCAAGCGGUCGGCAGCAGCACCAGAGCGGCGGCGGAGCGGGAUCUGUGCCCGGUACAAGCUCCGGGAGCACGGCCGGAUCUAACAGCGCGAACAUAGGGAGCAGCAACACUACGACGAAUGGAAGUAACACGGGCAGCGGCGUCUCUUCCCGGACGCUGGUUUCAGGAAUUGAGACGCAGCUUACGAGCACACAGAGCGGCAGACCCGGCUCAUCUGGUGGGAGUUACAGCAGAAAAAGACCUCUGUACAAUGGUCUUAUCAAUCCAUAUGAAGAUAAAAGCAACGAUUUUGUUUGUCCCAUAUGUUUUGAAAUGAUAGAGGAAGCUCAUAUGACAAAGUGUGGCCACAGUUUCUGUUAUAAAUGUAUAAGACAGAGUUUGGAGGACAGCAACAGAUGCCCAAAAUGUAAUUACAUCAUUGAUAAUGUGGAUCAGCUCUACCCCAACUUCUUAGUGAAUGAGCUAAUUCUCAAGCAAAAACAGAGAUCUGAGGAGAAACGGCUAAAACGGGACCACCCUAAUGGAACCAAAUGGCAGUUUUUCCAAGAUGUUCUUGGCACAGACCAGGAGAAUCUGGAUUUAGCAAAUGUCAACUACAUGUUGGAGCUUUUGGUGCAGAAAAAGAAGCAGCUUGAAGCGGAAUCACAAGCAGCUCAGCGUCAGAUCUUAAUGGAGUUCUUGAAAGAAGCUAGAAGGAAUAAAAGAGAGCAAUUGGAGCAGUUACAAAAAGAACUCAAUUUUUUGGAAGAGGACAUAAAGCGUGUUGAGGAAAUGAGUGGCAUGUACUCACCAGUGAGUGACAUGGAUCCCAGUUUGGACAGCACUGUUCCCCAGUUUGGGGAAGCUCCCUCUCCUGCACACAGCAUCUUAGAACCCACAGAAUAUAUCCAACCUCCCCAGUUUGGUGGAAGUUCACAGGGUAAAAGACAGACAUGGUACAACAGCACUCUGGCUUCACGACGGAAGAGAUUAACAGCGCACUUUGAGGACUUGGAGCAGUGCUACUUCUCCAACCGGAUGUCACGAAUCACAGAUGACAGCAGGACUGUUAAUCAACUGGACGAUUUCAUGGAAUGUCUGUCCAAAUUCACACGUUACAACUCUGUGCGACCUCUAGCCACUCUCUCCUAUGCGAGUGACCUCUACAAUGGCUCCAGUAUUGUUUCUAGCAUUGAGUUUGACCGUGACUGUGAUUACUUUGCCAUCGCCGGUGUCACCAAGAAAAUUAAAGUGUUUGAAUAUGGGACGGUGAUUCAGGACGCUGUGGACAUUCAUUAUCCUGUCAACGAGAUGACGUGCAACUCCAAAAUUAGUUGUAUCAGCUGGAGUAGUUAUCAUAAAAAUCUGCUUGCAAGCAGUGACUACGAGGGAACAGUUAUCCUUUGGGAUGGGUUCACAGGACAGAGGUCAAAAGUUUAUCAGGAGCAUGAAAAGAGAUGUUGGAGUGUUGAUUUCAACCUGAUGGAUCCCAAACUCUUGGCCUCAGGCUCAGAUGAUGCAAAAGUAAAGUUGUGGUCUACUAACUUAGACAACUCAGUUGCCAGCAUUGAAGCGAAGGCCAAUGUAUGCUGUGUCAAAUUCAGCCCGACGUCUAGGUAUCACCUUGCCUUUGGGUGUGCAGACCACUGUGUUCAUUACUAUGACCUGAGGAACACUAAACAGCCCAUCAUGGUCUUCAAAGGUCACCGGAAAGCAGUGUCCUAUGCCAAGUUUGUCAAUGGAGAAGAAAUUGUAUCUGCCUCCACAGACAGCCAGCUGAAACUUUGGAAUGUGAACAAGCCACACUGUCUGCGCUCCUUCAAAGGCCACAUCAAUGAGAAAAACUUUGUGGGCCUAGCCUCCAAUGGAGACUAUGUAGCAUGUGGAAGUGAAAACAACUCCCUGUACCUGUACUACAAGGGGCUCUCCAAAACGCUUUUGACUUUCAAGUUCGACACUGUGAAGAGUGUUCUGGACAAAGACAAGAAGGAAGAUGACACUAAUGAGUUUGUCAGUGCCGUGUGCUGGCGUGCACUACCAGACGGGGAGUCAAAUGUGCUGAUUGCAGCCAACAGUCAAGGAACAAUCAAGGUACUCGAGUUGGUUUGAAGGUCUGCUGGAAUCAAUAAUCGGACCCUUUAUUGAACCAUUGUUCGGCUUCGCGCCUCAGAAAAGGAAUACACGAGCUCUAAAGCUUGGGCUGAAUUGAAGCGAACAUUUCCAGCCAGUCGAGUCUGAGCACAAUGGACAGUAGUGAAAUCUCUGGAUUUUAAUCAAACCUGAACUUUGCGAAAAGACUUGCCCAUCCUGUGCUCCAGUAACAGCGUUUUUUUGAGAAAAGUGAUUACAUGAGGACGAUUUCUGGGCUGAGUGGGGGAGGAGUAGCAGAUGCUUCUUUCAGAAGCCUCUUUUGAAGUGGUUGAUUUAAGGCAUUAAUACAGAAAGAUGCAUAGUACCUGAGAAUCUCCCACACAUGUAAACUUUCAGUAGAGGCAAAUCUAACAGAAGUAGAGCUACAUGAGUACAAAGCCAAAGCACAAGACCAGAACACAAUGAAAUUUGCUUUUUGUUGUAUAAAUUAUCAGCCGCUACAUCAUUCUUUUGAGCCUAUUGUUUCCAUAUACUUUUCUCUUUUGAUACAUGCAGUGUCUGUUUAUCCAUGAAAUGCACGCUUCCAUUUUGGCUGAUGCCAGUGGACUACCCAAAUGAAUUACUGGGCCUUCCUCAGUUUAUAUGAUGGUAAAGCUUACAUCAAGGGACCUUUAGACUUUCCUGCCCUCUGUGAAUGGGAUAGAAUUGCAUUCAAAUGCUUUGAAGGUCAUGCAGAAAUGAGCAGAUGAAGUUCAUUUAAAACUUAGCAGUUGCCAUGACUCCCUUAUUUUUCUCUACUUAGUGGUCAUAGUUUGUCAAACGUAGAGAGAAAUCGACUCGUUGGACUUCACAAUGACACUAUGUACACUAUUGGGAUUAUUUAACAAUCACCCAUUACGUUGCUGCUCUUUAUAUCAUCCAGUUCUUGUACAAGUAUUAUUUAUUUUGUAAUUUAUCGAACUUUUGUGAGCUUCAUACCCAUGAUUAGCAUUUAGGUUUUUGGAGCUUGCAUCUUUGCUGCAUCCCAGUAAUUCUGUGUUUGUCUAACCAUUCUCUAAUUUUAACCCAUUCAUUUGAAUGAAUAAAUGAUCAUUUGUUAGAUUUACCAUUCAUUGGUAUUCCAGGUUUAUUAUUUUCACUGGAAAUGCAUAUGUUCUCCUCUGUUUGUUCAGCAUAGCAGGUUUGUUAGUCUUCCUUUUUGAUAAUCAGACAAAUAGCACAUUGCUAGGUGUAUUGACUAGCAAAGAAAAUAAACUCAUGGUAUAUUGUAAUCAGAUUUCUAGAUAACGGACAUGUACACUGUCAGUCAGCCCAGUUACCGAGUAAUAGCAUUUGUUUGCUAUGUGUGGUCAUUAUGCAGUUCGAUGCGAUAAUUGCUUAUUACGAGGACACAAAGGCGCAUAGUUGCUCUUUUAGUCUCGUUCUCCUCUGAGAGCCUUUUGCUGAUCUGGGCGCUAACAGCUUCCCUUUGUGUGGAAGCUUUCUCUUGUGAGGGCCCUCAGGUCUGAGGUGUCUCCUCAGGUUGCCUUGAUGUAACAGUCUAUGAUGAACACCCCCCUAGUGCCUCACAGUCAGACAGCAUCAUUAGAGCCCAGUGCAGAAAGAAAGAAAGGAAAAGGAAGAAGUGAGGAGGAGCAACUCCCUGCUGCCAGUCUUCUCAGAAACAAGUGGAUUGGGCUUUGUGUGUCUGGCCAUUGAAGUUUGUUUACAAGGUGUGUGAAUCACUUUCAUGCUGUUCCAUUUAAAUGUUUUCAGCAUACUAUUAUGCGUCACACUAUUAAACAUGUGUGUUUCUGUGAAACCAGUA